AUGGUAAAUGCAAGUGAAUGGUUAAAUGAAAAAAUUCCAAAGGAUCAAAGAGCACAGGCAACUCAACUUCAUAUAUACAGACAAUGUCAAAGCGGUCAUACUUCAUAUUACAAUGGUUGUACUUAUUGCAGUAAUAGAAACCAAAAUUCUCAUUCAGGCCCCCCAAAUUAUUCUUUCUAUAAUAUUAUUUUGGAAGGAGAGUUGGAUCUUAAUGGCUUUGUUAAUUUGCAUCAAUUAUAUAUAUGCGGUGCCGGACAGAGUCAGGAUCAACAACAUACGAUAACCAAUUUAAAGAUAGAUAAAUGUAAUAAGUUAACUUAUCUACAAAUUUGGGAUAUUCCUAUUUCCAAUAUAACGAUUGGAGAGAAUGAACAACUAAUUACCGAUUGCAAUAGGUUAAAAAGUCAAGUUGAAGAAUUAACUGGUGUUAUUCGAAAUACUAAAGGUCUUAAUCUUGGUGAUUUAAAAUUAGCAGCUAAGAAGGUUGAAGAAAAAAAUUUAGAAAAAUCAAAUACUCAACAAGAAGUUUUACAAAAUGACAAUGCUUUUGCUCGAAAACAAUUAGAGAAAGUUAAAAGGAGAUUAUCUAGUGUGCUUACCGCUGAGGAAAUCCAAGAAUUAUUAGGUAAAAUAGUGGAAAUUAAUGAAUUGGAAGUUCAGCUAAAUAAUCUCAAAAUCCAAGAAAAUCAAUAA